CUCACAGCAACUCAACAUUCGGCAUGGAGGAGUCGUAGUCGCCUGUUGCUUUGGAAGUAAUUUUGUCUAAUAAUUGUGUGUUUUCUUUUUGGAAGUUGUUUCCUAGUCGGACAAGAAAAGAUGAAUAAGGUGGUUUUGGUGACAGGAGCAAAUAGUGGUAUUGGUCUGGCUCUGUGUGAGCGUCUCCUCACUCAGGACACAGAGGGUCUCCAGCUGUGUCUGGCCUGCAGGAAUAUACAGCGGGCUCAGGCGGCUCGCUCUGCCCUCCUGGCCUCUCAUCCCAAAGCUCAGGUUGCCUUACUGCAGAUGGAUACCAGCAGCGUCACAUCCGUUUUCAAUGCUGCCAAGGAAAUCAAACUAAGGUACAACCGGCUGGACUACCUCUAUCUGAACGCAGGCAUCAUGCCAAACCCACAGUUUGAUAUGGUAGCUUUUUUCAAAGGCCUCUUCUCCAGCAAAAUCAUCACCAUGUUUGCCACAGGUGAGGGCAUUCUGACACAGAAAGAUGGCGUUACCCCUGAUGGUCUACAAGAAGUCUUUGCAACCAACCUCUUUGGUCACUUCCUACUGAUCAAGGAGCUAGAACCAAUUCUGUGCCACGCAGGCCAGACCUCCCAGCUAAUCUGGACCUCCUCCAGUAACGCUCAUCGCUCAGCUUUUAACUUGGAAGAUAUGCAGCACCAGAGAGGUGCACAACCUUACAGCUCCUCUAAAUAUGCCUCUGACCUGCUGAGCCUGGCGCUGAACACACACUACAACAAACAGGGUUUGUACUCAUCUGUUAUUUGCCCGGGGUUUGUGAUGACUAAUUUGACCUACGGGAUCCUGCCGUCCUUCCCAGCUUUCCUCUGGACCGUGCUGAUGCCUGUUUUUUGGCUUAUAAGAAUGUUCACCAACACAUUUACCCUGACCCCUUUUAAUGGAGCCGAAGCCCUGUUUUGGUUAUCUCAGCAAAAACCUGAAUCCCUUGACCCCCAAGCCAAGUACCACAGCCUAACAUCUGGGCUUGGCAACAACUACACACAACCACGAAAGAUGGAUAUUGAUUUGGAAACAUCAGAGGCACUGCAUGGGAAAUUACUGCAACUGGAAAGUGAAGUAAGAAGGAAACUAAAGGAAAAACAAAAACAGUCCCAGCAUUCACAGUAACUGUUCAGGACCUGGACCAUCCCCUGAUGUGUAUUUCACAAAGUACAAAGAGUAUUUGGCUCCUGCACAUCAUCAGGAGCAGCACUGGCUGUCGUGCUCUUCAAAAAUAACACAUCUGUCCUUGCAACAGCAACAGCAACAUGCUCACUGUACUGCAGCACAAGAAGACAUGUUAAAGCAAUUUAAGUUUAAUGCAAACAUCUGUUUUAUCCAUAUCAUUGUUUGAUAUACAAUAAAUAGCCAGUAUGUGGUAACCCAAUGAUUUACAAUACAAAUAAACACUGUGUGUUUUCA